GGCGCGAGGGCUGGGACCUAUGGGAUACGCGCAUGCGUGGUGACGGUGGGAUGGAGCCGGAGGUGGGGAUCCGGGUGAGGAGAAACGCCCUUGGCGGGGUCGGUGUGAGUUUGCACGAGCAGCAAAGUUGAACAGCUGCUGAGCAGUCAUGGAGAAGUUUGGCAUGAACUUUGGGGGCGGUCCUAGCAAAAAAGAGCUUUUGGAAACUAUCGAAUCUCAGAAGAAACAGCUUCUUCAGUACCGGACUCGCUUGAAGGAUGUUGUUAGAGCCUACAAGAGCUUGCUCAAGGAAAAGGAAGCCUUGGAAGCUAGCUUAAAAGUGUUGUCCGUGUCUCAUGAGACAGACAUUGGCCUGAGUGGAGCUCACCUUGAAGAUGUUGCCAGCUCCAAUGUUUCCUUUGCUGACUCUGCUGAUGACAGGAGUUCUGUUCAUAGUGAAGACAGCAUGGGGACAGCUACAAGUGUGGACACUGCAGCCAGCUUGACCAGUGCCAAGGGUGAACUGGGGAUAGAAGAGGAGAGAACCACAGCUGGGGCUUCCCUUAUGAAAUCAGAGGAGGCGAGUGGAUCAGAGAGUGGUGUCAGCACUGGCAGUGGGGAUGUGCCCGCCACUGCUAAUGAGGCUGACAAAAGGGUGCUCCAGCUGAAGACUCAGCUGUCCACCUUGACCAGCUCUCUGGCUACAGUCACCCAAGAGAAAUCCCGCAUGGAAGCCUCAUACCUAGCAGACAAGAAAAAAAUGAAGCAGGACCUGGAUGAGGCCAGCAAAAAGGCUGAGGAAGAGAGGAGCAAGUUGGAGGCAGAGAUGAAGUGUGUCCAAGAGCAGCUGGCAGAGACCAAAGCUCGUCUAAUCACACAGCAACAUGACCGGGCCCAAGAGCAGAGUGACCAUGCCAUUAUGCUGCGGGAGCUACAGAAGCUGCUGCAAAAUGAGAGGACCUUGCGCCAGGAUGUGGAGCUAAAGCUGGAGGAGACCAGGGAAGCACUGGCUGGAAGGGUGUACAUGGCUGACCGUAUGGAAGAGUCUGAACUGCAGACCAAGCAGCUGAGCAGGGUGGUGGAGGAGCUGAAGAGAGAACUGCAGGCUGUGCAGGAAGAAAACAGCAAGCCAGACCCCCGUCUGCAGGAGCUGCAGGAUGAGAUGUCCGGCCUCAAGAGUCACUUCCAAGCACAGCUGCUGCAAGAGAUGAGAAAGACUGCACAGGCAGAAGAGCAGCUCCGUCAGCAUGCCCAGAUGGAGGAGCGCCGAGUGGCCAGCUUGGAGAGCCAGGUCUCUGAGGUGUCAGAGCUGCUUGGCACUUACGAAAAAGCCAAACAAAAAGACCAAAUGACCAUUCAGAAACUAAAGGACCGCAUUGUGCAGUUAGACCUGGAAAACAAGACUCUGGCCAUCGCUGCUUCCAGCCGAUCCCCAAUGGACAUUCACAUUGAGGAAGCCAGCCUGGAUGUUAACGUUCUGAAAGACAAAAUGGAGAAGCUGAAGAAGCUGCUGCAAAUGGCAGCCAAGAAGAGUCAGCCCACCCUGGACAUAGAAAAGCUCUGUGAGCUGGAGCUGCCAAAGGGCACUGAGACUGGGGAUGGGGAGAAGGCUACUGCUCUGUAUUACCAGCAAGAGCUGAAGCAACUGAAGGAGGAAUUUGAAAGGUACAAGAUGAGAGCACAAGUGGUCCUCAAGAACAAGUCAGCCAAAGAUGGCAACCUGGCCAAAGAGCUAGAGGACACCCAGGAACAGCUGGCUGAGCUGAAGGAGAAAUACGUUGCACUUCGGCUCUCCUGUGAGGAGAUGGAAAAGCAACACAAGCAAGAAAUGGAAGCCAAGAAGCAAGAGGUGUCCCACCUUCAGCAGGUUCACAGACAGGACCUAGAGAAAUGCCAGCUGGAUUACAUGGAAAGGGCACUAAAGCUGGAGGAAGAGAUGCACAAGCAGCGGGACAGAGCACUGGCUGUGCUGUCGGAAAAGGACCAAGAGCUGGAGCAGUUGAGGUCUCUAGCCAUACCUUAUGGUCUUCAAGGAUCCAAAAACUACCUACCACCAGGGAGUGACAUUAGCGGUGAUGAUUUAAUGGGUGCAAUCUCUUCUGAGAACCUCACCCAGGCUCUGCAUCUUGCUGCCACCAAUGAGACCACUUUCUUUCUAUAUGCAGAGCAGCUGGCCCGGAAAGAGGUAGAAAUUGUAGCCUUAAGGAAGCAGAAGCACAAACUGGAGAAGGAAGUUCACCAACUCCAAGAGAGACUUUUGGUUGAGGAAGAGAAGCAUAGGGAAGAGGUAUCCACCCUUCAAGACCAUAUUCAGAAGAACUUAAGGGAUAAGAGCAGAGAGGGAGCCAACCUGGAAUAUCUCAAGAACAUUGUCUAUCGGUUCUUGACUUUACCAGACUCACUGGGCCGUCAGCAGACUCUAACUGCCAUAUUGACUAUACUGCACUUCAGUCCAGAGGAGAAGCAGGUUAUUAUGAGACAUUCAGCUAACAGCAGUUGGUGGCUUUCUGGGAAGAGAUGAGAACCCGGGUCCUGCUCAUAACUACUUUACUUCUAUGGUGACAUGUUCCUGUUUUCUAACUGUACGAGAAGAACUAACCAUCCUUCCCAGGACCUCUGCACUUAAUUGUGUCCAUCGUGUUUCAAGGGCAUGGGAGCCUUCAGCAGAGUACUGAGCUUUUAAACUAGUGAAAUUAGCACUAGGCCAAAAAACAAAUUGUCAUUUCAGUAAUUCCACUAGGACCACAACUUUCUAUGCCACAAGAAUUCGCUCGGGGUUAAGACUUCAUAGAAGGAGGUCCCCACUGAGGAGAUCAGUAUUUUUUUUUUAAUCAAAUGUUUUUUUUUUUUUUUCAAACCUGUCAGGUAUAGAAUGGGGAGAACUUACUAAGUUAGAUCACUUGCUUGGGUCUUAAAACUCCAAAUGGGCUCAUGGCCUAAAAAUAAAAGGAAAAGCACUUAACCGAUUGGGCAGCGCUGUGAUCUAAUCACUUAGCAUUUAAAAAAACCCUGAAUUGCUUUGCCAAGUAUGGGAACCAAGGGGCUGAGUAAUGAUUCCAUGCCAUUUCUAAAACAAAAAGGACAACGUGCCCGUCUCAUCAAGUUAGAUCUGAGUAUUCUAACCUUCUUGGGCAAAGGGGAAUCCAGUGUUAAAUGUGUUAGAUCCCAGGAAGGUGGUGAUGAAAGCCUGGGAUUGCAAUGGCUAGCUGACCUCCAGCAAUCAUUUUAGGCUUUAUGGGGCUUGUCCACUAUCCUGGAUAUUCUUAGAACUAGCUUUUUGUUCAGAAUUUUUGAUGGGGGAGCACAACUAUUGAAGAAGUUGGAAGAAGCAGUGAAGGGUGUGGGAAAAACAGUCUGAGCAGAGAGAACCCAAUAGCUUACCGGGGAAAUAUGAUUUGCAGUAAAGUACCUGUAUGUGUGUGAGGACUUGGCCGAGUAUCAUGUUAAUCCAGAGGUUCUGCCAAAAUUUCUCCAGGAUUAAAUGAGAUUAGCAGACAGAGGUCUGAAAUAGUUUGAAAUACCAUUCUUUGGUGGACCACUGCAAAUAUAGCAUUGGAAACAGUAACAUUACUAUUCCUUCUGGCUGUGCCCAGGAGCCCUUCGGCAAGACUGAUGGCUGCUACACCGCCCAAUGUGAGGCUUUGACUUGCCCGAGAUGACAGCAGCACUACUCAUUUCAGUAAGGGCUGCAGGACUGGCCUCUAACAAGCCAGGUAGGGAAGGGGUUGGGCAGAAGAUCAGGCUGUGGGUUCUGAGUAUUGGAGUCUGCUGGCUGGGUGAGAAGGGUAGUCUGACGCGAAGUGUAUUGGUACUAUUGCUUCCUUGUGUAUGUCUCUGCAUCUUCUGAUCCCAUUUGUGUUAUAUAACAUGCACCAGCCUAGCUCUGCAACACCGCCAAGGGGGCUGGGUCCUGGUCUAUCCUGUCUGUGGAAAACACAUGUCUUUCUGGAUUGCCGUGGAAGGUGGAGUCUGUGUGUGCAUAUCCAGUGGGAAUGUGACCCAGUCCUUUUUCCUCGCCUGAGUGUGCUACAGAAGCUGAGCUAUUGAAAGGGACAUCCUUGGCUCUCACUUGGGAGUAAGGGACAACUGCCCCAUGGCUGGCCUGGUUAGGAAGUAGAAGCCUGUUCACAUGCAAGUCCCACACGGUCAAGCCUGUAUUUCUCUGUGCUGAACUAGAGAUUGCCCUAACCUCUGUCUCUUCUCAUUCUCCUCUCUCUCCCCACCCCCGGCAAUGGAUCCCGACAUGACAGAUGUGAGAGUAGACAGGAAUCAAGCUUUCAACAAGUUCCCUUUCCUUUUCCUGUGGGUAGCUUUGCCUUUCUGGGGGGAAAGCAUAGAGGCUGUCUGAGUACCCAAAUGUAUGAAGCUAACACUUUUCCUUUCCAUAGUGCAUUGGCGCACCCAGAUCACAAGGCGGCACCCUCUAGUCUGUGGUGGUAACACAGCUAAAGUUCUAGCUUCCCUCCCCAUCAUUCAGCUUUUAAUUUAACCCCUGAUGCCUUUGUUGCAUAGGUAUAUCAGAGCCUGUCUCAGUUUACACACAGAUCUGGUGGAUAAUUAUUGGCCUCAAAUCCUGCAUCAUUAAACCGAGUUUUGAUCAGGUUACACAAGGAUCAAUCUGGAGAGUCAGGGAUUUGGGGCCUGUUCCCGGAUUGACACUGGGAUCGGAUUCUCUUAUCUCACAGGAGCGUUUCUAAAGCACUUGGACGUCCUCAGCAGAGGCUGUGAGUGUAAAUGCUGGCUUGGUUAUAAACAACUGCCAACAAGCUGGCCCUAAGGUGCCAGGGCUCUGUGGCGUUCUGGAGACUCUGUGGCAACCUCAUUUAAAUUUAAAAAUGGAGGAUUUUAGCAAUUUAAAUACAAAAAUUAUGAAUCUACUUAGUAACUCCCCACCUGCAAAACUGUGAUGGGGAACUUUGGGCCUGUGAUAAUCACACUUGCUGGAUCUUUUGCUGACAUGCUCACCAGUAAAAUAGGAUUGACUUUUAAACUACCAUUACAUUUUGGAAUCACCAACACCACAUUGAAACGAACAGGGCAGUUCACACCUUUCAGAGCCGCUGUUGGAGGCUGCUUGCAGACUCUAGAACCUAGCCCUGUACUGGUUACACUCCCUUCACGUUUUCAGGGUUUUCUCACCCAAGUGGGCCAGAAAUGUUUUUGUAAUGACUGCUGAGAUUCUGGAGCCCAGUUCUGCAGCCACAGGACAGACGGGCCUGUUUGUAAGCACAUACAUUUAACCUUGUUUUAAGCUUCCUACCUGGCACUUUGUCGUGUGAUGUUCCUGUUGGGUUUCCAUUCCACUGGUGAGCCCUGGAACUGGGACAGGAAAUAGAUGGUUUAAUUUAAUCAGCUGGAGUUGUUGUUCUACAGCCUUGGGGGAGACUUCUUUCCCUGGCACACAACCCGGGCAGUGCUGCAGGGUUGUGGUGCUGAGUAUCUAGGCAGUCAUGCUUGCCCUUGCAGGCUGGCAGUAUGCUGCAAAGUUGGAGGAGCAGCCCUUAAUGCUUCCAGGCCACAGUUGCCAAGUGGACUCAGUUGUGUCAGCAUAACAUACAUGCUGUUUGCUCGGGCGCUGAAGAAGAACAUGUUCUUUGCUCAGCUAGGGUUCCUAGGCACUUUCAUUGGAAUCAGCACAAUGCUGCAUUGGGAUCUUCUUUGAGGAAGUGGCUCUGACCAGGCCCACAAGUUAUGCAGGGCUUUCCAGCUGCAGUCGGAUGGGAGCAGUGUCUCAGCAAAGAUUUCUUGGGAGAAAAAGCUUUCUGAGUGACAGCUGUAAUGAGUGUGGGGGAGUUAUGGAGAGCAUGAGCAGUGAAAUUUAAUAGCCUCCUGUACAUAGUGUUUUACUCUUUCAAAGUGCUGUGCGAGCAGCCCCUCUCCUCCAUGACGAUCAGUGUUGAUAAAUUGUAUAGUCAAUUGCCUGACCACACUUUGGUUUAUUUCGUUUGAAAUAUACUCAAGACCAAAUGACCAACAUCAGGUUUAUUAAUGCGAUACAGGAAAAAGUUUCUAGACCAUACCAGUCUCCAAAGAGUAGUCGCAUGCAGCGAUGGUACCUUAAUCUUAUGCAGAAGUUGUGCUCCUCAAGUUACAGGUUUCGGCUGCAGCUAUUUAUGUGACUUUACAAGUUAUCCAUUUCUUUACGCGACACUAAAAUCCAACCCAUCAGUUAGUUCCAGUUCCAUAACUUCUUGUUCAGUUCCUUCCUUAGCUUUGUUUUGAACAUUAGCAUUCCAUGUACUGAUCCAUGAAGGUCCUUCCCUAGUUUGUACCAUGACAGAGAACGAAUGUGUCAAUUUUGACAAGUUUCCUAUCAGAUUGUGCCAAAUGCUGACUUCAGCAAAUGCCAGGUAUUAUGCGAUCCUUAGCAUAAGUGAACAGGAUUAUGGUACAGACAGGAUUAGGUUCUAUCACUAUUACAUUAUUGGUGCUUUGCGUGUGUAUAAUAUAUACACACACAUUAACAUCAUGUACAAUAUGUAUAUAUGGUGCAGAUAAUACAUAUGAUUACUAUGAUAUAUAUUUGUAUGCUAGCCAGCAUAUAUUAGUCAACAUCGGGCUGGCCGGUGAAUAACAUGCUGGCAGACUGCUGUUGUGGUGAUCACUUUGCCAGCCACAAAGGGAAGCAUCUGACUUGGUGAUGCAUAAGGGUCUCCAUUCCAUUCCAGAAACUGAUUGUUAAAUGGAAAACCUCAGUCCUCCACUGCCAUUUGCUCCCCCAGCAAACUCACAGAAGAAAUGAAAACUCCACAGGCAGAUUCUGUGCCUGCUGGAAACCUUGGAAAGGGACCGAAAAACCAAGGAGUAAACACUUCAUCAGAUGGUGCCAGGAGAAGAGGGGCUGGGUACCUCCACUUCAUUGGAUGUCGGGCUUCUGGGAACAUAAGCGGAAAGGAUGGGGCCUGAGUGAGUUUCUUCAAUUAAAUGUGGGAUCAGACUUUUG